AGGACUGCUCUACCCAGAGUGUGCCAGACCCCUCUGAAGUGUCAUUCCUCCCCAGUAUCUCCGGAAAGUACCCUCAAAAUGGCACCCAAGAAGAAGGAAGAACCCCCCAAACCAGCAGCCCCCAAGGCCCCUGAGCCUGAGCCUGUCAAGAUUCCAGAGUUUGAUCCCAAAGAAAUCCAGCUAGAGUUUACUCCUGAGCAGAUUGAGGACUUCAAGGAUGCCUUCCAGCUGUUUGACAGAACGCCAACCAAUGAGAUGAAAAUCACGUACGGACAGUGUGGUGAUUUGAUCAGGGCUCUGGGUCAAAACCCCACCAACACUGAAGUAAUGUACGUCCUUGGGAAACCCAAACCUGAGGACAUGCAGACCAAGAUGCUGGACUUUGACCAAUUCCUGCCAAUGCACCAACACAUCUGCAAGGCUAAGGACCGCGGGACGUUUGAGGACUUUGUUGAGGGUCUGAGGGUGUUUGACAAAGAGGGUAACGGCACAGUCAUGGGCGCUGAGCUCAGACACGUCCUGGCAACGCUGGGGGAGAAGAUGAAGGAGGAUGAGGUGGAGCAGCUUAUGCAAAACCAGGAGGACUCCAACGGCUGCAUAAACUAUGAAGCUUUCGUAAAAUACAUCAUGGCAUCUUAAAGAGAAAAACAAGAUGCUGGAAUUUUGAAGACCGACUGCUUAUUUGUUUGUGUAAACUCCAACCCAUGUCUCUGUUGCCAUGUGUCCCGGAUUCCGUCAAUAUAAAAUAACUUUUCACUCUG